AUGGGUAAGCUGAACAACGUGGAUGCAGAAAUUGAUUUUGCAAAGGAAGAACUGAAAACGUUAAAACGAUGGCGUGAGCAAAAUACAUUCGGCAAAUCAAUGGAAUUGAAUAAAAAUCGGCCACAUUACACGUUCUAUGAUGGCCCACCAUUUGCUACCGGCUUGCCGCAUUACGGGCAUAUUCUGGCUGGAACAAUCAAAGAUGUCGUUACACGUUGGGCUCAUCAGAGUGGUCGUCAUGUGGUACGCCGAUUUGGUUGGGAUACACACGGCUUGCCGGUGGAAUUCGAAGUGGAUAAACGACUGGGAGUGAAAGGUCCUCAAGAUGUCCUGAAAAUGGGCAUUGCUAAAUACAACGAGGAAUGCCGAAAAAUUGUUAUGCGUUAUUCUGCGGAAUGGGAAGCUACGGUUGAACGCAUGGGACGUUGGAUCGAUUUUAAAAAUGAUUACAAGACGCUGUAUCCGUGGUUUAUGGAAAGUGUUUGGUGGGCUUUCAGUCAGUUAUUCAAAAAAGGGCUUGUCUACAGAGGAGUUAAGGUAAUGCCUUUCUCAACAGCCUGCUCUACACCGUUGUCGAAUUUCGAAGCAGGACAGAAUUACAAGGAUGUCGUAGACCCUGCAGUUGUUGUUGGUUUCACGUUAGACGUGGACCCAUCAAUACAACUGGUGGCAUGGACUACGACACCAUGGACACUGCCCAGUAAUCUAUGCAUUGCUGUGCACCCGGAUCUCAUUUAUGUUACUGUCAGGGACGAGAAAACAAACAAAAAAUAUAUUUUGUUGGAAGAGGCAUCGUAG